AUGACGGCGGCCGUGCCGAUGUUCGACCAGGGCUGGAACGUGCCGGUCUUUGCCAUCUACCCCAUGGUGCCUGUGCCGGCGAUCAACCUGGUGGGGAUAGUGGCAACGUUCCAGUCCUGGGAGGAUGAAGGAUCACGAAUGAGAGAGGCGAUGGGUGAAAUGCCCGUCCACUUCUCCUUCUGUGAGAAGCCUCGCUGGAAGAUCCUCUGCUAUGGCGACAGCCUCACCGCCGGCUUCUUCGCCGGUGGCGCGAAGUUCGACCCGUAUGGCCGCAGCAUGGCCGAGGUCUUGGCGAACGGUGGCAUCGAAGCACAGGUCUCGGUCUGCGGGCACAGUGGCUGCACCACGGCCGAGAUGCUCCGCAGCGCGGAGAGCGAGCUGGUGGACGUGGCGCGCUGCCGAGGCGUUGGUCUCAGCAAGAUCUUAGAGGACCAGAACUACGACCUGGUGAUCAUCAUGUCCGGCACCAACGACCUUGGUCGCGGGACACCUUUGGAUGUCAUCGUUGAGGACCUCGUGGAACUGCACGCCCUCUGCCAUCGUCAAGGAGUUUGCACCAUGGCUUUGGCACCUGCACCUGCUCCUGGGUAUUGCCUGGCACAGGAGAUGCAGAGGCAAUACAUCUCAACUCGGCUGAGCGCCCGCUUGGGCGCCGAGCCGCGCGUGGUCGCCAGCAUCGAUCCACAGGACUUCCUAUCUCCAGCCGAUGCUUCGCUCUGGGAGAUGGAUGGCCUGCACUUCGCGCCUCGGGGCUCCCAGGUCUUGGGUCAGAGCUUGGCCAUCUUGGUGGCACAGCUGGCAGGAGCUUCCACAGCCGAAGCCCAGUGA